AUGUGGAAGACGGAUAGAGGGGCGAGGGAGGGGGCAAGCAUAGAGGAUUCUGGCGGUGGUGCUGCUCAGAACGGUGACAAAAGAGGAGGCUACUUUGGUUCUGACCUGCAGCGGCCGGUGUGGCAAGAGAUGGGGUUGGCUGCUAAAGCGGUGAAACAGGGAUUGUUGAAGAACCAACAGCGUGGAUGUUCAGGUAUGGAUUUCUUCAGGACCUUCCAGAUUCAGGAAAAAUAUAUGCAUGCAGAGAACCAUCAUAUUCAGGCCAAUAUGCAACUUGGUGGUGGAGGACGACGCGAGUCGACGAGAUGCACAAUUCCUAUGCUUCAGGCAAUUUCUGAAAACCUGAAAUUAUCGAACAUGCAGAUAAACCAUAUCAACAGUGACCAUUUCAUGCCUGUUGAUAUUUAUCUUCGUCUCCUGGUGUGCAAUUUUUUCAGAUGGACUGCAACGAAUUAG